GGUGUAUUGGUUUGAUCCACUGUCAUGGCUCCCCUGACUGACACGGCUUUUUUUCUCUGUUACGGUGUCAACAUCUUUGUAAAAACCUCAAAUUAAUUCGCUUUCUUGAUCAGAAAUAGGUAUUUCAACGACUCACUUUUUUUUGUUGUAUUGUCUGUUCAUUAUGGCGGGGAGCAGCACAGCGCAGAAAACAUGGGAGCUAACCAACAGCAUGCAGGAAGUUCAGAGCAUAGAUGAAAUUUACAAAUAUGACAAAAAGCAACAACAAGAAAUCCUUGCUGCGAAGCCAUGGACAAAGGAUCAUCACUAUUUCAAGUACUGCAAGAUCUCAGCUUUGGCCCUGUUGAAGAUGGUAAUGCAUGCCAGGUCCGGUGGAAACCUGGAGGUGAUGGGCCUAAUGUUGGGGAAGGUGGACGGUGAAACCAUGAUCAUCAUGGACAGCUUCGCGUUGCCCGUGGAGGGCACCGAAACCCGAGUCAACGCGCAGGCUGCAGCAUACGAAUACAUGGCUGCUUAUAUUGAAAAUGCCAAACAGGUCGGCCGGCUGGAGAACGCUAUUGGCUGGUACCACAGUCACCCUGGCUAUGGGUGCUGGCUCUCAGGCAUCGAUGUCAGCACUCAGAUGCUCAACCAGCAGUUUCAGGAGCCAUUUGUUGCAGUUGUGAUCGACCCGACUCGGACUAUUUCAGCAGGGAAAGUCAACCUUGGCGCCUUCAGGACCUACCCAAAGGGUUAUAAACCUCCAGAUGAGGGACCGUCAGAAUAUCAGACGAUCCCCUUGAGCAAGAUUGAAGACUUUGGUGUUCACUGUAAACAGUAUUAUGCGUUGGAGGUCACUUACUUCAAGUCCUCCCUCGAUAGAAAGCUACUGGAACUCCUUUGGAAUAAAUAUUGGGUCAAUACCUUAAGUUCCUCAAGUCUCCUCACGAACUCGGACUACACCACAGGCCAGGUAUUUGACCUGUCAGAGAAGCUGGAGCAGUCGGAGGCCCAGCUGGGAAGGGGAAGCUUCAUGCUUGGCUUGGACACACAUGACAGGAAGUCUGAGGACAAACUGGCAAAGGCAACGCGAGAUAGCUGCAAGACAACCAUCGAGGCCAUUCAUGGCCUGAUGUCACAAGUCAUCAAGGACAAACUCUUCAAUCAAAUCAACACAUCUGCAAAUUAAAGCUGGACAGCAGAGGACUUGGAAUUCACCUAGAUUUCCUGUGCACGUCUAGCACUUACUGGUUUAUGUUUAACUGCUAAGGGUAAUGGUAUCUGUGAUUUCUCAUGGGAGUGAUUUUUUAAUUCAAUUUCUUUUUAUGUCCUAGAAGUACAGAUUAUAGAGGCAGGACUUGUGCAAAAAUAAAACAUGAGUUGAAUC